AUGAAUUUCUAAGCCAUCAAAGAAGCUGCUCUCUAAAUGUACUAAUUGUUAAAAUCAAAAAUUUAGAAAAGAUAAAUUAACAAAGCCUCCUUUAACUGAUAUUUUAAUUGAAGCUACUUCAAAUGAAAAUUGGAACACACCAACAAAAUUGUUCUAAGAAAUUUCUGAAGCAUCUUAUCAAUUGUACAAAAUAAGCUAAUUAAAUUUUAGUACAUAAUGCGAUACAAUUAUGAAAUUUAUUUGGAAGCGGUUAGAUUCUGAUAAUCGUGAAUGGCGUAGAAUUAUGAAAGUAUGGAGAAUUAAAUAAUUAGACACUCAAUAUGAUUGAUUAUUUAACAAAAAAUGGAGCUCCUCGUUGUGUUGGAGAAUUUAGAGAUUGCAUAUUUAAAAUUAGAAGUUUUUCAGAUUUCAUAAUGGUUGAACAAGGAUCUGAUAAAGGAUUAUCAAGUAAAAAUGAAGUUAUUAUUUUAGUUAGAGAAAAAAGUAAAUAACUUGUUGAUUUACUUUGUAAUGAAAAAUUGAUUGAAGAAGAAAGAGAAAAGGCUAAAAAGAUUCGUGAACGUUUGGCAGGUAUGUUAAUUAAAUUAAAUAAAUACAAGCUGCAGGAGGAAUUGGUGCAAUUGGAAGUAAUACUAACUACUAAGGUUAUGGAAGAGAUACAUUUAAGAAUGAAUUCAAUAAAGGAUAUGGAAAUGAUUAUUCAAAAAAUGAGACUAAUCAAAAUAAUCUUAAUGAAUAAAAUAAUACAACAAAAUCUGAUUAUUAAGCCUAUUGUAAAUAUUAUAUAUUAUCCUAUUUAGAAUAAAAGUAUGGAAUUUGGGAUGCAAGUGGCUUAGAUAAAUAUAAAAAAUCAGAGACUAAUAAUAAUAAAAAUAGUAGUAUUUAAGAAAACAAUAAUAAUAAUCAUUCAAUAUAAUGGACUGUACCUUAAACUUAAUCAGAAAUAUUAUAAGCACCAUUCCAGGAACCUGUUAAUAAACUUAUUAAACCAGGUGAAAAAUGGGAUGUUCCAGGACCAAAAUAAAUAUCAUAAUAAUCUUAGCAACUUUAAUAGUAAAAAUAAAGUACAGAAUAAUAAAUAUAACCAUAAAAAUAAAAUAUAUUUGAUAUUUUUGAUAGUGGAAACCAAUAAAAUUUAGCAUAAAACUAAUAAACUCAACAUAAUUAAUCUCUAUAAACUGCAGCACCUUAAAAAUCGUUUGAUAAUGAUUGGGGUUCUUUCGAAAAUGUUAAAACUUAAGAUUUUCCAUUGUAAUAAGCAUAAUUUCCUCUCUAUUUACCUACAGAUAUAUUUAACUAAUAAAUAUAAUAAUAAACUGUAUAAUAAACAUAAAUGAAUUAAAUUACAUAAUAACUAAAACAGACAUAAGAAUAGCAAAUUUAAUAACCAUAAUAAUUAUAUUAAUAAUAACACGAAUAAUUUUAUUAAUAGUUUUAAAAUUAAGUAGGAAAUCAAAAUACUAAUUAAUUAAGUUAUCAGUCAUCUUUAUAGACUAAUUAUAACUAAUAAUAAUAAAAUAAUAUGAAUAAUUAAUAGUAUAACUUUUAAAUAAACUAAUAAUAAUAAUAAAACUAUAAUUAGUAAAAUGUUUAAUAAAAAAAAUAAGAAGAUUUCGUCUUUGGUGAUUUUAUUAGUGGAUCAGAAUAAAAAUAAAAAAAUAAUAAUCCAAUUGAUCUUUUGGGAAUGUUGGAUUUGAAAAAAGAGAAAGAGGAAUUAGAGAUAUAGAAAUAGAUUCCAAUAGGGAAUCAUUAAGUGUAAUAUAAUUAGUUAUAGACAUCUUAAGCUGAUAUAGAUGCAUUUAAAAUUAACUAUCAAAAUAAAUAAUAAGCAUUUAGUUAUUGUAAAAUUAAGAUUAAUUUUAGAUUAAUAUCCAUAAGGAAGAUGA